AGUUCCUGAACGUCGUCAACAUUGAUGCUAAAUAACUACCAGUCUGUAGUAAACAAACUGUCCAAAACGAAACCCUAAUUUAUUAUAUUCCGGGUGGGUUCUCAAUCUCUCGUUUUACUUAGAUAUCUGAGCUCAAGACUGUGAGAAACAUGACCAAUCUCAGAACAAUCUGUCGGCCCCACACUGUAGUCUUCUCCUUCUUCUUAAGUUGCAGACAGCGAGCUCGAGCUAGGGUCUCGUUUCGAAAUCCUAAUCACAAGCCUCGAUUCUCGUCUCCGCCGUCGUUCUCUCCUUGGUUCGAGUCCUUGGGUUCAAAUGGGACUGAGCCCUGGUUUCGUCUAAGCCAGAGGAGGACCCUGGUUAGGGCUUCGAAUUGGACCGAUCAGAACUCUCCGUACGAAACUCUGGAGUUAGAAAGAGAUGCUGAUGAAGAACAGAUAAAGUUCGCUUACAGGCGCUUGGCCAAAUUUUAUCAUCCAGAUGUCUAUGACGGUAGAGGGACUCUUGAGGAGGGGGAAACGGCUGAGGCUAGAUUUAUUAAGAUUCAAGCUGCUUAUGAGUUGCUCAUAGAUGAUGAGAAGCGGAGGAAAUAUGAUAUGGAUAACCAAGUCAAUCCAAUGAAGGCAUCUCAAGCAUGGAUGGAGUGGCUUAUGAAAAAGAGAAGAGCUUUUGAUCAGCGGGGUGAUAUGGCCAUUCAAGCUUGGGCUGAGCAGCAGCAGCAUGAGUUGAAUCUUCGUGUUCGCCGUCUUUCUCAUACAAAGGUUGAUCCUGAAGAACAGAGGAGAAUCCUGGCUAAGGAAAAAAAGGCAUCCGAGGAGUAUUUAUCCAACACCCUUAGGCGUCAUACACUUGUCUUGAAGAAAAGGGAUUUGAUGCGAAAGAAAGCAGACGAAGAGAAGAAAAAGGCUUUCAGUCGGCUAUUAGCUGCAGAAGGUAUUGAGCUCGACACAGAUGAUGAUGAGACACCAUAGACAAUUUCUUCCCUCACUGUCAGAUGUCCCACAUCUUACUACAGCAUACGUUCUGGAACAUACGUUGGCUAUACAUAUAUUUAUUGUGCAAAGAGAGAGAGAGAAAAAAAGUUGUAUAUAUUUUUCCUUUCAUGGUUGAAAAGAAAUGAAUGAGAUUGCCAUUUACAAA